AUGAGGGUGGCAGUGGGCAUGCUCUGGCUCCUGGCCCUCUGGGGGCAUCCCCCAGCCCACGGCUCCUGCCCAUCUCAAUGCAGCUGCAGCCUCCACAUCCUGGGUGAUGGCAGCAAGGCCAGGACGGUGGUGUGCAGCGACCCCGACAUGACCCUGCCCCCCGCGUCCGUCCCUCCGGACACCUCCAGACUGCGCCUGGAGCGGACGGCCAUUCGCAAGGUGCCCGGAGAGGCCUUCAGGCCGCUGGGCCGCCUGGAGCAGCUGUGGCUGCCCUACAACGCCCUCAGCGAGCUCAGCGGCCUCAUGCUGAGGGGCCUGCGCCGCCUGCGCGAGCUGCGCCUGCCCGGGAACCGCUUGGCCGCCUUCCCCUGGGCGGCGCUCAGGGACGCCCCCCAGCUGCGGCUGCUGGACCUGCAGGCCAACCGCCUUUCGGCCGUGCCGCCCGAGGCCGCGCGCUUCCUGGGGAACCUCACCUUCCUCGACCUCUCCAGCAACCAGCUGCUGAGGCUCCCGCAGGAGCUGCUGGCCACCUGGGCUCACCUGCAGACCGGGCCCUUCCUUCCCGGCCACCACACCAGGCUGGUGCUAGGGCUGCAGGACAACCCCUGGGUAUGUGACUGCCGCCUCUAUGACCUAGCCCGUUUCCUGGAAGGCUGGGCCCCAAACCUGGCUUUCAUAGAGGCCAGGCUGAAGUGUGCCAGCCCGCGCAGCCUGGCCGGAGUAGCCCUCAGCCAGCUGGAACUGAGGAAGUGCCAGAGUCCGGAGAUCCGUCCAGGGGUAGCCAGCCUCAGGUCCCCUCUGGGCAGUGCAGUAUUGCUACGUUGUGGGGCCACCGGGGUCCCUGGGCCGGAGAUGAGCUGGAGGAGAGCCAACGGGUAUGCGCUCAACGGCACAGUGCACCAGGAAGUUGCCAGCGAUGGCAAGAGUUGGACGCUGCUGGGCCUGCCUGCUGUGUCCCACCUUGACUCAGGAGACUACAUAUGCCAGGCCAAGAACUUCCUGGGAGUCUCUGAGACUGUCAUCUCCCUGGCCAUCACUGAGCCCCAGGCUUCCACAGAACAUGGUGGGAGCCCAGGGGCACUGUGGGCAAGGACAGGUGAGGGGGCAGAAGCUGCCGCGUACAACAAGAUGGUGGCCAGGCAUGUCCCUGACAUUCCUGGGCCUGCUGUCCUGGCCACUGGGCCCCCUGUGUCCAACAUGAAGGAGGAGCUGACCCUCCAGCACUUCCAGAUGGGGAUCCCAGGAGAACGCUCAAACGGGCAGGCGGGACGCCAGGAGACCCAGAUGGUGAGGUCUCUCAAGGUGGUGGGAGACACUUACCAGAGUGUGACCUUGGUGUGGAAGGCCCCCCAGGCUGGGAGCAUAACUACCUUCAGUGUCCUCUAUGCUGUCUUUGGGCAGCGCAGCAUGCGGAGGGUGGUUGUGCCGCCUGGAAAGACCAGCAUCACCAUCCGUGGGCUGGUGCCCAAGACCAAGUACGUGGCAUGUGUCUGUGUGCGGGACCUGCUGCCCCAGAAGGAGCAGUGUGUCAUCUUCUCCACGGACAAGGUGGUAGACGCCGAGGCCACCCAGCGGCUCAUCAAUGUGGUGGUGAUCAGCGUGGCUGUUGUCAUCGCCCUGCCCCUCACCCUGCUUGUCUGCUGCGGUGCUCUGCGAAGGCGCUGCCGGAAGUGCCGUUCUGGGGGCUCCGCCGAGGCCUACGUCAACCUGGAGAGGCUGGGCCACAGCGAGGAUGGCUCUGAGGAGCUGUCCCAGCACAGCCUCAGUGAGGCCGACAGGCUCCUCUCGGCCCGUUCCAGCCUGGACUCUCAGGUCUUGGUGGGCAGGGGGGGCAGACGGAUCAAUGAGUACUUCUGCUGAGGGGGGUGCUCCCCUCCAGGUGCCCACACACCUGCCACGUCCACUUUCUGUCUUCUACUCUCACCUGCUUACUCUGACACCUGAGCCCACACUCACCCACUCUUGCCCACUUGGGUUCCUGCUUACUCAUACGUGUGCACACAGUGACAGCAGCUAACACUUAUUAAGCACUUACUAUGUGCCAGGAAGUGUUCUAAGUGCUUUACAUACACUGACUUGUUUAAUUCUUAUAACAACCCUUUGCAGAAGGCCUUCCCAUUUUCCUGGAGAAGAAACGGGGAUUGACUGACUUGCUUGUAUCAGUCAGUUUUUCCCAUGUAACAAAUAAAAGCAAAAUCUCAGGGGUAUGUAGCAACAGGCACUAUUUUCACCCAACCUACAGGUCUGUGGGUUGACCAGGGUGUCUCUGCUUCAUGAGUUCUAUUUGGGGCCCAGGAUGAAGAGUCAGUGGCUACUUGGGGCAGUCUUUCUAGGAGAGGUCAGAUGAUAUCAGAGGAAUGAACAAAGAUAGGCAAUGUCUCUUAAGUGCUUGGCUUUAGAGCUGGCACAUUGCCAUUUCUGCCCAUAUUCUCUCUGCCAAAGCCAAGUCCCAUGGCCAAACCCAACUUUCACGUGGCAUCAAAGGACAGCUCUGCCAGGGAGGUGAUGGGGGGCAGGAAAUAGUUUGCUGAGCAGUGAUCUAAUUCACUCUAUUGCCCACAAUGUAUACACAACUAGAAGGUGGCAGUUCUGGAGUCAGGAUCAGGCAGUUGGUUCCAGGGUUGACAGUCCUUACCAUGCCCCUCUUCUGCAUCUUGAUUACAUUUAUGCUAACUCAUAGGCACUCACACAUGCAGUCCCUUGAUGCAUUAGCCAAAUUUGUAUAGUCACACACACACACACACACACACAGACCCACGCUGUGCCCUCACUGUGUACACUUACGGGUUCUAACCUUUUUUUUAUGGGUGCCAUUCUGC